AUGUAUCCCAAUAUUAGGUUCCAGCUAUUGCACACAAGUUUUUCUAUGGUGGUGAAGUAGUUGAAAUACUCACUGGGUGGAUGCAUUAUAAAUACUACUUAUGAACGGUUGCGUUAAGAAUGUGUCUGGUUUGAUUUGCUUUUGGGAGUCAACAAGCAUAAGUGGAAAAGAUAAGACAUGUUUGAAUGCACCAUCAACUACAAAUAAUAUAUCAUACUAAUAUAAUUCAAAUGA